UCUCGGUCUCCGGGCCGUAGAAGAAUUUCGAGCUCCGGGAGGCAAGCGGAAUCGGCUUGUGACAUGGAUUUCUCAGCAUAACUAGAUGCGCUACGUACCAGUAAUUCCACUUUCCUCCAACAUCAUCUUUACAACCUCACUUCCUUCAAAUUCUUAUUUUCAUAAUGGCUCGAAUUCACUGCGCUAAUGCGCAGUCGACUGCCAAUUCUUUUAUUCAACUUGCACGACGAAGCUACACAACGAUGACCCAGACCUCAACGCCUCUCGAGUUCCUUAUUCCACGAUGCACUCCCCCAUCUCGACUACGAACCCCUCAAAUCACCAUUACACAAUCCAGAACAUAUUUUCACCAGAGACGAUCUCUGGACUUCAAGUCAAAGGAAACAGCCACGAGGCAAUUCUCGACUACUGCUAUCCGAGAGAAGACGCGGGCUAUACUGAAUCCCCAACAAGAUGAGGAUGGCAAUGAGAUGAUGCUGGAGAUAACUGAACGAGCUGCCAAGCGUCUCAACAAAAUUAUGGACAAGGACGGCAAUCCGAAUCUCGCUCUAAGAAUUCAAGUCGAGAGUGGUGGUUGCCAUGGCUUCCAAUAUCUCAUGAGCCUUGUUACUUUGCCAGCCAAGGACGCCGCCGAGUGGUCAUCCAUCGUGAAUGAGGACGAUACGAUUUUCCAGUACAUCCCCGAUGACGCAGAUCCGGCCACAACCUCGGAAGAAGGCCCCAAGAUCAUUCUCGACGAGCCGUCUCUCGACCUUCUCAAGGGAAGCAAAGUCGACUUUACAAUGGAGUUGAUCGGCUCGCAGUUCAAGAUCAUUGAUAACCCACUUGCUACUAGUAGCUGUGGUUGUGGCACAAGCUUUGAUAUCAAGAUGUAGAAUACCAGAAUACCUACCCGAUCUUUGGAGACAUGAAGAUUCAAGAUCCAUAGAUUUAAAAGUGGUUCUCCACAUGUAUAAUUGGCAUUAUUAAUUCCCCUCACAUGUAUGGCGAGCAUUCAGACGGCAAGUGAGAAAACUCUUCACAAUUGCUUCACAUCACAGGAUAUCACUGGUAGAAUAAUUUGAAAACUCGGGUGUCAUUAAUCACGGUAUCAAUUGCCAUUUCCCCUUGUCAUGAUAAGAACGCCGAGCAGUCAAAUGCAAAUCUUUUUUGAAUCCGUUAGGUCCUAACGACCGAUCCCUUAAAACCCUUUUUAUUUAGAGAAACCAACGCUUAGUUCAUCUGGCGGACGAGAGCGUUGAUAGCCUCCUCGCGGUUGCCAAGGUCACCACCCUCGAUGAAGUGCUUGAACUUGCGGGGGCGGAAGCCACCGGUGGGGUUAGAGAGCUUGAAGGGCCAGAGGAAGUUGGAGGCCUGCUUGAAGUUGGGCCCGACGGUGUAGAUCUCGUGGAUGAGAUCCUCAACACAGACAAUGCCGUACUUGCCGAGGUUCUCCUCAACGAUGGCGUUGUCGGUGAGAGCAACACGCUGCUUGUUGACCUUUCCGUAACCGCGCUUGUAGACGAGCUCCUUGACGGUCUUCAGGUUGGGGUAACCGUAAGCGAUCCAGGGCUCGACGACCUUGAGCAUCUCAGUGAUGGCCUUUGUGACCUUGACGAAGACACCGUUGUUGAUCUGAAGGAGACGGAGGAGCUGGAGGAUCUUGCGGGGCUUGGGGGGCAUCUUGUUGAUACCCUUGAUGCGGACGACGAAGAUCAGCUUAGCCUCGGCAGGGACGAAAGCAGAGUCCUCGGCCUUAGCGACGCGGUGAAGACGGAUCUUCUCACGCUCAGCAUCGCGGUACUCCUGGACGUACUUCUCAGCACGCUUGAAGAUGACCUGACGCUUCUCCUUGUUGGCCUAUUUCAAACUGGUCAGUCCAUGUCUUGCAAGUGGUUGAAGAAAUGAUUGGAAUCAGUCAGGCAAUGUCAGACCCGAAAGAAGGUUAACUAUCAACAGCAUCGACCGAAGUCUAGUUGAUGAAUGUAUGUUUUCCAUCAUAGUGCCAGUGUAAAAGGAGGGUAUUACUUACAGCCUUCUUCUUCUCAAUGGCGUCGGUGCGCUCAGCGCGGGCCUUCUCCUGAGACUUGCGCUUCUUGAGAAGGGUCUCGGGGACCAGGAUCUGGUCGUUGGUAGGAACGCUAUAGAAUCAGAUUAGCUCGCAGUCCACGAUACCACAGGACGUGGUAUGGAACAGAGCGCCGGUGCGAGAACUGUUGCAAUGCAGCAUUCUCUGCUUGGCUAACUCGAAAGAUGUUUUUAAUCGGUGAGCUGGAAGGCCAUGAUACGAGUAUCGAGGUGGUUUCCGUGACCGCUCAUCCGACAACGCCUCAAACAUAGAGUUCAAGAAAGAUACUCGAAGAAUUGGUUUGUGGUGCGAGUUUCAGCGACCGCGUGCAAUUCGACGAUAAUGAUUUUG